AUGAAUUCUAAAAUUAAAGGUAUAACGAAUGAUAUAACAUCAAUUCCACCAGAAGAACAGAGAUAUUACGCAUUAAAUGCAUUUCCUAAAGUUUUGAAGAUUGGAAGAUUUAAUUUAAAUGAGGAAUUCAUAGAAGGUUUCCUAAAUGACAUAAUGAAGAAGGUGGAUAAGGAAUAUGUUGAUGAAAAAGAUAAUGAAAUUAAAGAAAAGGUUGAAGGGUAUCAUGAAUGGACAUUGGAGACUUUUAAAGUUAAAGCUGAUACAGAAUGGGUUUCAGGAUGUUUAGACCUUAAAGCAGAUAAAACUUAUGUUAAUACUGAGUUAAUGAAGAAAGCAGAUUUAGUUUAUGUAAAUACCGAGUUAAACAAGAAGGCAAAUUUAGUUUAUGUUGAUGAAAAAGAUAAUGAAAUUAAAGAAAAGGUUGAAUGGUAUCAUGAAUGGACAUUGGAGACUUUUAAAGUUAAAGCUGAUACAAAAUGGGUUUCAGGAUGUUUAGACCUUAAAGCAGAUAAAACAUAUGUUAACAAUGAAUUAAAUAAGAAGGCAGAUAAAACAUAUGUUAACAAUGAGUUAGAGAAGAAAGCAGAUAAGGAAAAAGUUAUUUCAUUCAUUAAUACUGAGUUAGCAAAGAAAGCUGAUAUAUCAUUUGUUAAUGAAGAAAUAAAACAAUCAGAGGUCUAUUUUACUCCACCAUUUUUAAAUUUUAUGAAAUCAUCAGAUAAAACCUUUGAUAUAGAUUCUUUUGAAUGGAUAUGUUUCGAUGGAGUGACCACGUAUUUAUUUUAUACAGCUGGAGUGCUUUAUUAUUUUAAAACAAAUGAUUUUAAAAACUAUGAAUCAUUUACUCCAUCUGUUUUGAAUCCUGAUACACGAAAGCCAAUCAUUAAUCCAAGAAUUUUAUAUGUUGAAUAUAAUAACGGUAAAUUUAUGGGAAUGAUAACGGUUGGAGAUGAUUUUUGCCCUUGUAAUUCAUUCGAUUGUAUCCAAUGGUUCAAAU